GGCCGGCGGCGGGGGAUGGCGGUGCCCGCCCGGUGCGGGGCCGCAGUUGUGGAGGAGCGGCGGCACCAUGCGGGCGGCCGCGGGGGAUGUGGUGGGCAUCCUGUGCUUGAUUUCUGUGGCGGCCACGCUGGAUUUCAAGUACCACCACACCGAGGAGCUGGAGAAGUACCUGAAGGGGGUUCACGCCGAGUACCCCUCCCUGACCCACUUGCACAGCAUCGGGCGAUCGGUGGAAGGUAGAGACCUGUGGGUUCUUGUUCUGGGAAGGUUUCCAACCCAUCAUAAGAUUGGCAUUCCAGAGUUCAAGUAUGUUGCUAAUAUGCAUGGGGAUGAGACUGUUGGGAGAGAAAUACUGCUCCAUUUGAUAGACUUCCUGGUGACCAGCUAUAGACAGGACCCAGUUAUUACCCGGUUACUCAAUAAUACCCGGAUUCAUAUCAUGCCGACAAUGAAUCCUGAUGGAUUUGAAGCUACAAAAGUGCCUGACUGUUAUUACACACGAGGAAGGUACAACAAGAAUGGAGAAGAUCUGAACAGAAAUUUUCCUGAUGCCUUUGAAAAUAACAACGCUAGCAUUCAGCCAGAGACUCAAGCAGUAAUGAACUGGAUAAAAAAUGAAACGUUUGUUCUUUCAGCGAACUUGCAUGGGGGUGCCCUGGUUGCCAGUUACACCUUUGAUAAUGGUAACUCAGUUACUGGCUCUUCGAAAGGCUAUAGCAGAUCUCCAGAUGAUGAUGUCUUUAUUCACCUGGCAAAAACCUAUUCUUCCCACCAUGCCAGCAUGUACAAAGGGAUUGGGUGUGACAACAGACAAACCUUUCCAGAAGGCAUUACCAACGGAUACUCUUGGUACCAGCUGGAAGGUGGAAUGCAAGAUUACAACUAUGUCUGGGGACAAUGUUUUGAAAUUACAUUGGAGCUGUCAUGCUGUAAAUAUCCUCCAGCAGACCAGCUGGAAAAGUUCUGGAGAGACAACAGAGUUGCUCUGAUUGAAUAUAUAAAACAAGUACACCUAGGUGUCAAGGGUCAAGUUACUGAUAAGAAUGGGAAUCCUAUUCCCAAUGCCAUCGUGGAAGCCAAAGGAAGGCCUCAUAUCUGCCCCUACAGAACAAAUGAACAAGGGGAGUACUAUCUUCUCCUUUUGCCUGGGACGUAUGUGAUCAAUGCUACUGUACCAGGAUUUAAAUCGAUGCUGAAGACAGUGGAAAUACCUGACAACACUGGUAACUUCAGUGCUUUAAAACAGGACUUCUCUUUCCCAGAGGUCUCUAUCAGACCAAGAGUUCCUUCAUGUCCCAAAAUUCCCCUCUAUCAAGAGCUCACACGGGCUUCAGCUGCAGUAAAACCAACCCUACAUGUCUUGGCUUUAAUGACUGCUCUGCUUGUAAUUUUUAAAUAAAGUCAGGAAUGAGAUGUCAUGGCCAGGCAAAAUCCACUAGCACAAAUCUGGCUUUGCAGACAAGAAAUUGUAUAUGCAAAAGAAUGUCUGUUUUUAUAAACCAAAUUCUCAGAUUCACAAUCAUGUUCACUGUAUUUUGUAAAAUACUGGGUUGACAAUCGAAUGCUUUACUUUGACUAUAUUUUUAAUUGUAAUAGACUAUCAUAUUUUUCUACAUAUUUUACUCUGAAGAAAUUUUGUACAGCCAAUGGAGAUAACUGUGGAAUUUCAAUGCAGAAAGUACAAAUACAUUCUAAAGACUUGGCCUGAAUUCAAAAAAA